GCUCCUUCUAUCAGCGAUGAGAGCGAGCGGGAGGCUGUCGGCUUCGCUGGCUGCCCACAAGCUCUCGACGGCUAGGGCCGCUGCUGUCGUUGCUGUGCCUGCUCAGCUCUCGAGCAGGCGCAUUUCGACCAGCGCGACCAGGAGCAGCUCCCAUGGAGCCGCCACGCCGGUCUCGUCGCAGAGCAUGGACCUGGGCAGGCACUUCUAUCUCAAUAAGGUUCUUGAGCAGUAUGCUGCCAAGCCAGCCACACGAAUGACACUCCGUCAGCUUGUGUUCUUCGGCAAGACACUGGGGAGGGAUCGCGAGAAGAUUCUCAAGAGCGCAAACUACGUGCGACAAGAGCUGGCCGUGCGAAUCGCACACCGGAUUAGAGACUUGCAAGCGCUACCCUUCGUCGUCAUGACGAACAAGAACCUCGAGUCUGUCUACGAAAAGUACUGGACGGCUUUUGAGACUUUUCGAAAGAUUCCCACAAUACGAACCAUGGAGGACAACGAGCAGUUCUGUGCGACUCUCAAGCGGCUUCUUGAUGAUCACCUAACCAUCAUCCCCUCGCUGACAAUCGGCAUUGUCGAGUCAUCGCAACACCUCGAGCCUGCAGCCCUGGACGGCUUCAUGGAGAGGAUGCUCAGGAGUAGAAUCUCUCGAAGGGUGCUCGCCGAACAGCACAUUGCCCUCUCAGAUGCCCUCGACGACCCCUUUCACUUCUUCAACGAGCCUGUGCCGGCUGCCUCGGGUUCGGCUGCCUCGCCCGGCGGAGAUGGCGAGCACAUUGGCAUCAUCUAUACCAAUCUCAAGGUGUCGAGCGUGGUGAACAAGGGCAUCCAUCUUCUCCGAAGAAUGUUUGAGCACGAGGUGGAAAGUGGCCAACGGACAGGCGAUGCAGCAGUCAUCCCAGACGUCGUGGUCGACGGUGCUCUCGAGGCCCGUUUCGCAUACAUCCCCGAGCAUCUCGAGUACAUCAUCUUUGAGCUGCUCAAGAACUCAAUGAUGGCCGUCAUGAGGCGGCCACUGGCGAUGCGCGACACCAUUUGUAUCCGAGUCACCAUUGUGGAAGGACCGCCGGACGAAGACCUCAUCAUUCGCAUCUCCGACUGCGGAGGCGGCUUGCCUGAUCUCGUCUCGAAGCUCUCUCGCCAGCGCAGGGGCCGUUCCUCUUCGCAUGGCGGACGGAGGCACAAGAGGGAGUCGCCCACGGUCAUCGACGAGAUUGUCAACGAUCAUUCGCACGAGGAUGAGCAUGGAUUACCGAUGGCGAGCGACGGGACCUCUGACACUACGAUGGACAGCAAUCUCAAAGAUGACUUCCUCUUCAGCAAGCGCUUCCCGCCUUCGGAGGACACCCUCGUCCAUCCGGCUGCACAUCCAAAGACGAAUGUGGCGGGCGCAAAGGCCGGCAACGCAGGCAUGCGAGACUCGCUCAUCACUGCCGUGACGAGUUUUUCAAAUGUGAAGCGGCGCCUGGAGAUCGAGGAAGAGGAGCUUAGACGUGCGGCGGCAUUCAUCGAGUCACCCUCUUCUUCCUACUCUCCUACCGCGGAGGAAGAUGGCGUGCACUAUACCCAAGAGAGCCCCGGGAGAGAGAAGGAGGCUUUGACGCAAGGGUUGCGAGCUACGCUCGAUGCUCGACACUCGGCCGGUCUUGACAGCCGCGACAAGCUAGAAGCGCUCAAGAAUGUGGGCAGGUUCAAAGGGACAGUCGCCGAGCAAGUCAGUCGACACCACCAUCAGAGGAGGAGGGGGCGGUCUAGCUCUGAGCCGCUAAAGGGAGCCUCCCAGAUGCUGCAGGCUCCAUCCACGACGCCCAGCUGGGCGCCGAGAGGUGACGAUGGGACGGCGGCGGCCGUGACAAAGUCUGAGACGGGCCUGGGCCUGCCCAUGACAAAGAUCUACACCGACUUUUUCGGAGGUUCGCUCAAUCUCAGGAGUCUCGAUGGGCAUGGCAUGGACGUCUACAUCCGACUGCCAAAGCUUGGGACGAACAAGGAGGCCAUCGAAGACAUUGUGCUGUAAAUGUGCCUUGUUGCAAUGCUUGUCGUACAAUUACAAUUAC